CCAUCGUAGGUGGCGCUGAAAUGCAAAAAAAGUUGACAGAGAAGAGGUCGAACGAAAAUUCAUCUGCACCUCAAUCGCAGUCGAAAACUCGCUGAAAAUGGAUAAUGUUGAGGUGAAAAGUGAUGGAAAGUAUCCAAAGUGAGUGGUGGUAGUGUAUACAAGUUGAUCCAUUUGGAAAUUAUUGGGAUAAUACCCUGUAGAAGUGAUAUUUUGCGUGUCCUAGUUUUUCAAGCACAAAAGCGCGAGAGCGAGAGAAAAAAUCUACACGGGCUGCUAGAUUUUCUUGUUCCAAAAGAAAAACACUCCAAGACUCUUCUUGAGGUGUUUCCCAGUCAGUUUUUUUUCCUGUGCUUUUGUGGCAACCCAUCAAACAGAAAUAUAUUGUACCAGGACACAAUUAAAGUAUGAUCCUGCGGUAGGAGGAUUGUGGCUGUUUUCUUUUUUCUGCAUUGACGGAUGGGGAAAAGUGAGGCAAAAAAGAAAAGUGGUCUGUGGAAAGUCCGUGAAAAUUUCAGUGCGCAGUGAAGGAAAAUCUAUGCAAAUUUAAGCUGCAAUUUCAGUGUGAGUUAUUUCAUAAAAGGGCUCAAUUGUGAGAUAAUUUGGGGGUGAUUCUGGUCAAGAAGACUCUUGGGAGAAAGUGGCUGUCGCAAUAUUGUGAAAAUCCACGAAAGAUCGUGUGGAGGAAAGGGCAAAAUCUGGAAUUUUGUUGCAUCCUCCUUUGGCAAAAUUGCAUUAUCAGCCUUCCUGGCUUGCAGCAGCCUGGUAACAUCAAUCCAACUCCCAGUGACUUCAGUAUCCAGCAGAUUUACCUGACCAAGCCAACAAAAAAGUGCAUUUUUUUUGUGGACACAAAAGACAAUCCGGGAGUCUUUGUGUUUUGGUGUUUUUGGGUGCCAAUUUUAGGCCAGAGAAAAAAAAAUAGAAUCAGUGAAGGAUUUUCGUUCCCAAGAAAUUCAUUGAAUCAUUUCCUGUGUGUGUCUACCGAAGGAAUAUCUGUGGCAAAAAUGUCUUCAAAAAAUAUACCUGCAGAUAAGAUAAAUUUGCGCUUAAUACUCGUAAGUGGGAAAACAAAGGAGUUCCUCUUCAGUCCAUCGGAUUCGGCAGGUGAUAUCGCUCAAACUGUGUUUGACAAUUGGCCAGAAGAUUGGGAGUCGGAAGCUGUUUCAAAAGCAGAAAUACUAAGGCUGAUUUAUCAAGGUAGAUUUUUACACUGCAAUGUAACACUCGGAGCACUUGGACUGCCUUUAGGAAAGACAACAGUGAUGCAUUUGGUACCACGAGAUAAUUUGCCGGAACCAAAUUCACAAGAUCAAAGGCAGAAAAGCAAAGGAGCGUCCAGUAGAUGUUGCUCUACGACGUGUUGCAUCUUGUAACUAUAUUCUGUUUAUUCUUCUGUAUGUGUGACAAAAAGAAUAAUAAUGUCCUCUCUGUGCGAGGGGAUUGUGCGAGAGAGAGAUAAAAAUUAUAUCUAUAAUUAGUGUUAAAGAAAAUUAAAGAAAAAAAUACAGAGAUGAUUUUAUUUCAUUAGAUGAUAAUAAGGAUAAUAUAUUUUAGGAAGAAAAAGUGAAGAGCAAGUCCACAGUUUGACCAUUAAUUAUUAUAUGAUAGUGUAAAAAAAUUAUUUCUUUUCUGUUUCGAUUUUUUCACAGUAACAUCGAUCACACUUUUUUCCGUAGUCUCCUUCAAGAAUUAAUUCACUUUAUAUCUUGAAAAUUUCCUCUUUUGAAAAAUUCAAUUUUGUCGUGUCAUCUUCACAGUUACGACACAAUAGAGUUUGAAGAUGAGGAAAAAGAAUUUUAUUUUUUUUCUUCUACCUAUAUUUAUGAAAAUAUGCAAAAGAGAAUGAUGAAGAGUCAGAGAAAUUGUCAUGUGAACAGCGCGAAAAAAAUGAGGAAAUUCUUUUUUGUUGCAUCAAAUUUUGAUGCCCAGAAAAUAAUAGUGACUGAAAGGUAAAAGAAAUUGUCUUCUCAAUGAAGUAAAAUAGAAACGUGUUACAUCAUAAGAUGAAUAAAUUAAGAAUUACAAUAUUAAACUAUAUAUUUACAAAAAAAAAAUCCCACAUAGGAAAAACACUCAGCAAUGCAGCAGAAAAUUUAAACAAAAAAAAAACACCAGAGAAGAGUAAAAAUGAGCAAAAAAUAUUAAUUAGACAAGAUAAAAUAUUUUAUAAGGAGCGACGGUUAAGUAUUGUACAUGAGAGUCCGGAUGUAAAAGUGAGAGAGAGACUUGAAAAAAUAUCCAACGAGACGAAGCGGAAAGAAAUUAAUUAAUUGGUAUUCCUAAUAACUGAAUGGAUACUUGCAAAAAAAAAAGAAGGGACAGCAUGGAAUUCUCGGGAA